AUGGCUUCCAAGACUCCCGAGCCCAUUGCUAUUGUCGGCAGUGGCUGUCGGUUCCCUGGCAGCUCCAACUCUCCCUCAUCACUAUGGAAGCUCAUCGCCAAGCCUCGCGAUGUUUGCGCCGAGAUCCCCCCCACGCGAUUCAACACUGCUGGGCACUACCACGUUGAUGGCACGCACCACGGCACGACGAAUGUCCGUCAUGCGUACCUGAUCGAUGACGACUCUCUCAAGGUCUUCGACGCGGGGUUUUUCAACAUCUCACCCAACGAGGCCGACUCGAUCGACCCACAGCAGCGCCUCCUGCUUGAGACAGUGUACGAGGCGCUCGAGAGUGGCGGCCAUGCCAUCGAGCAUCUCCGCGGGUCCGACACUGCCGUCUAUGUCGGCACCAUGGGUGUGGACUACAACGACACCCUGCUUCGAGACCUCGCCACCAUCCCUACGUACUUUGCCACCGGUACGAAUCGAGCCAUCAUCAGCAACCGUGUCUCAUACUUCUUCGACUGGCACGGACCGAGCAUGACAAUCGAUACUGCCUGUUCGUCAUCUCUGGUUGCUGUGCACCAGGGUGUCCAGGCUCUGCGGACUGGCGAUGCUCGUGUGGCUGUGGCCUGCGGUACCCAGGUCAUCUUGGGCCCCGAGGUUUUCAUCUUUGAGAGCAAGAUGAAGAUGUUGUCACCCACAGGUCGCUCUCGCAUGUGGGACUCUUCUGCCGACGGGUACGCCCGUGGAGAAGGCGUUGCCGCCAUUGUUCUGAAGAGACUCAGUGACGCCAUUGCUGAUGGUGAUCACAUCCAGUGCAUCAUCCGCGAGACCGGUGCAAACCAGGAUGGCUACUCGAACGGCAUCACUGUGCCCAGCACCGAAGCGCAGGCCGCACUCAUUCGGAAGACUUAUCGCAACGCUGGCCUGGACCCUGAGCACAACAUCUGGGAUCGGCCCCAGUUUUUCGAGGCCCAUGGCACGGGUACCAAGGCUGGCGACCCCAAGGAGGCGGCCGCCAUCGCGCAGUGCUUUGGCACUCAGCAGGAGGGGAGCGAUCCGCUUUACGUUGGUUCAGUCAAGACGGUCAUCGGUCACACCGAAGGCGCUGCCGGUCUUGCUGGCUUGCUGAAAGGUGUCGGCAUCAUCAAUGCAGCCCACAUCCCGCCCAACUUGCUCUUCGAGGAGCUGAACCCUGCCAUCCAACCUUUCUACAAGGGCCUCAAAGUUCCCACAGAGCUGCAGCCAUGGCCCCAACUGCCCGAGGGCGUCCCUCGUCGUGUCAGUGUGAACAGCUUUGGUUUUGGAGGCAGCAACGCGCACGCCAUUCUUGAGCAGUACACUCCUGCCACACCUGCUGCUCUACCUUCUUCCGAGACCACCAAAACCGCUACCUUCACACCCUUCCUCUUCUCCGCCGCGUCCGAGGCGUCUCUGGUCGCCCAGCUCGAAGCCUACUCCGAGCACCUUAAGGAAAAUCCAGAUACAAGCCCCAGUGACCUGGCAUGGACGCUCCAGGCCCGCAGAAGCCAUCUUCCUUACAAGCUCGCCCUGCCGGCCAGCUCCGUCGAGAAGCUCGUCAACAAUAUUGACGACAAGCUGGCUAGUCUGAAGCGCGUGCCUGGCACCUUGCUUGGUGUGCGGUCCAACAUCAAGCUCAGCGGUCCUCCGAAAGUGCUCGGCAUCUUUACCGGCCAAGGUGCCCAGUGGCCCCAGAUGGGUGCCGAGCUCAUCCGGACGUCGGCAUUUGCCCGCCAGCGGAUCCUCGACCUGCAGGAGGCCCUUGAUACGAUUCCCAUGGUGGAGCACCGCCCCCAGUGGCGCAUCGAGGACGAGCUGCUUGCCGGCGCCGAGACUUCCCGCAUCGGCGAGGCUGUUCUCUCUCAGCCCUUGUGUACUGUCGUCCAGAUUGUACUGAUUGAUCUCCUCCGCGCUGCUGGGAUCGACUUCAGUGCUGUGGUCGGCCACUCUUCAGGUGAGAUUGGCGCUUCCUAUGCGGCCGGCUUCCUCUCUGACCGUGAUGCCGUCCGUGUCGCCUACUUCCGUGGAGUUUUUGCCAAGCUGGCUGGAGGCAAGUUGAUCAACGCUGAAGAGCAACUGCGUGAGCGAGGCUCCAUGAUGGCGGUGGGUACCUCAUGGGAAGACGCUCAGGAGCUUGUCAAUCUCCGUGCAUUCAGGGGCAAGAUCACCAUCGCGGCACACAACUCGUCUGCCAGUGUCACCUUGUCGGGUGACGCGGCGGCGAUUGUGCACGCCAAGAAGGUCUUUGACGAGGAGAAGAAGUUUGCCAGAGCUCUCAAGGUCGACACGGCAUACCACUCACAGCACAUGGUCCCUUGUGGCGAAGCAUACGUCGACGCGCUCAAGCAGUGUGGUGUCUCUGUCCAGACUCCCAAGCAGGGCAGUCCCAAGUGGUUCUCCAGUGUCCGCCCCGCGAGCGAGCCUGUCAGUGGCGGUGCUGAUCUCGGCGCCGAGUACUGGAGGGACAACAUGGUCAACGCUGUGCUGUUUGCCAGUGCCGUCAAGAACGCCGUCAGCAGCGAGCCGGAGCUGACUUACGCCCUCGAGGUUGGUCCUCACCCGGCCCUCAAGGGCCCCGCGCUCCAGAACGCCGGUGAAGUCCGCACCGCUCCCCUUCCUUACUCUGGAGUUCUCAGCCGUGGCAAGAGCGACGUCCAGGCUCUUUCGGACGCGCUCGGAUUCGUCUGGACGCAGCUGGGAUCUACCGCCGUGGACUUCCAGUCUUUUGAGAGCAAGGCUUCUGGAAGCAGCGCUUCACCGAAACUGGUGACUGGUCUUCCCAAAUACCAGUGGAACCACUCUCGCACGCACUGGCACGAGUCCCGUCGCUCGCGCAAGAUCCGGGGCCGGACUCAGGCUUUCCACGAGCUGCUCGGUGUACCCUGCCCAGACUCGACUGAGCGGGAGAGGCGGUGGAACAACGUGCUCAAGGUCUCCGAGAUCCCUUGGCUCGAGGGACACCAGCUGCAAGGCCAAUGUGUCUUCCCCGCUGCGGGUUACUGCGCUCUUGCUCUCGAGGCCGCCCGCUUGUUGGCCAAUUCCAACGGCGAGCAACCCUUGCAGACCAUUGAGCUGCUGGAUCUCAACAUCCCCCGUGCCAUCACUUUCGAGGAUGAUUCCAACGCUGGUGUCGAGACUCUGGUCACGCUGACUGCCAUCACGACCUCCCGCACUCCUGUGCCCAACACGACUGCCAAUUUCUCUUGCUACUCUGCUCCUAGCAGUGGUACCGUCGACCAGGAAAUGGAGCUGAUGGCAAGCGCUCGCGUCCGGAUUGUGUAUGGCGAGCCAGAUGACAACGCGCUGGCGUCUGCCCCCAUUGAUUCGUCAACCAUGGCCGACGUUGAUGUCGACCGCUUCUACGCUGGUCUGACCAAGCUUGGAUACGGAUAUGCUGGCAACUUCCGCACUCUGUCGGGUCUGAAGCGCAAGCUGAACCAGGUUUCCGCCACUGUGCUCAGCCACCCUUAUGACGAUCUCGAUGCCACGACCUACCUCGUCCACCCAACUUGGCUCGAUGUUGCGUUCCAGUCAUCAAUGCUGGCCUACUCUGCUCCCGGAGACGAGCGUUUGUGGUCUCUCCACGUGCCGACGUCGAUCCGCUCGAUCCGCAUCAACCCGACUUUGUGUAGCGCCCUGUCUCGGACUGCCGCCGAGCUGCCUGUUUCUGCCAGCCUCGUAGACUCAAAGGUCUUCUCGGCGAGCAUUGACAUCUUCAAUCCUGAGGGCGAGCAGGCUCUUGUUCAGGUUGAAGAUCUCACCAUCAAGCCGUUCGCCCCGGCCACCGAAGCCGAUGACCGCCGCCUGUUCUCGUACACCAAGAUGGAUGUUGCCUCCUGUGAUGGUGCCAUCGUCACUGCGGGGAAGAAGCCCACCGAGGAAGAGAUCGACCUUGCUUCCGCGUGCGAGCGUAUCUCCUACUACUACGUGCGCAAGUGGGACGAUGAGCUCAGCGACGAGGACUGGGAAAGCAGCCAGCCUCACCACCUGUGCCUUCGCGACUACGUGGAGCACGUGCUUGAGGAGGCUGCCAGCGGCUCCCACCCUUGCGUUCGCAAGGAAUGGAUCUCGGACACUCGCGAGGACAUCAUGGAGCUCAUCGCCGAAUACCCGGACAACAUCGACAUCAAGCUUAUCUCGGCCGUUGGUGAGAACAUCCCUGCGGCUGUUCGGGGCGAGACGACCAUCCUCGAGCACAUGCUGCCCAACAAUAUGCUCGACGACUUCUACAAGCAGGGUCUCGGAUUCUCCCGGUACAACGAGUUCUUGGCGGGCAUGAUGGAGCAGAUUGUGCACCGUUACCCUCAUUGCCGCAUUCUCGAGAUCGGCGCUGGUACUGGUGGUGCCACCAAAGCUGUCCUUGGCAGCAUCGGCCGCAAGUUCUCGUCUUACACUUACACCGAUGUGUCAGUUGGCUUCUUUGAGAAGGCUGGCGAGCUGUUCAAGGAGUUCAAGGACAAGAUGACUUUCAAGGUGCUUGAUAUCGAGAAGCCUGUCGCAGCCCAGGGUUAUGAAACUGGCUCGUACGACAUCAUUGUGGCGUCCAACGUUCUCCACGCCACCGAGGUGCUCGAGCAGACCCUGAAGAACACUCGGUCCCUGCUCAAGCCUGGUGGUUACCUGAUGCUUCUCGAGAUCACCAACAACGGCGCCAUCCGCUUCAGCAACAUCAUGGGUGGUCUGUCCGGCUGGUGGCUAGGCGUCAACGACGGCCGCAAGUACGCUCCCACCAUCACGCCCAACGAGUGGCACACCGUCCUUCGCAAGGCUGGCUUCUCUGGCGUUGACAACAUCACCCCUGAGAUUGACAACGAAGCCUGGCCUCUGUCCAUCAUCUCUGCGCAGGCCGUGGACGACUCGAUCAACUUCCUUCGCCGGCCCCUGGCCCCAGCUGCCACUUCGAUCUACAUUGACAACCUUGUCAUUCUGGGCGGCAACAGCCUCGAGAGCGCCCAGAUUGCUGAAGAGAUCUCUGAGCACUUGGCUCGGUACUGUGGAAAGAUCAGUGUACUGAGCGGUCUGCCCACCGAGGCCGAGGCCGAGGCUAUCAGCCCCAUGAGCACGUUCAUCAACAUGGCCGAUCUGGACAACCCAAUCUUCAAGGCGAUGACUGCAGCCAAGAUGGAUGGUCUGCGCCGCCUCUACGAGAUCGCUAGGCACAUCCUGUGGAUCACUGAGAGCGCCAUGCUCGACAACCCUUACCACAUGGCGUCCAUCACCUUCUCCCGCGCCAUGUCCCACGAGGCGGGCCACAUCAGCAUGAACCAUCUCGACGUUGCCGAUCUGGGCCAGAACAACCUGUCCAAGGCAAUUGCCGAGCACUUGCUCCGCCAGAGCGCUCUCGAUGAGUGGGAGACCCCUGGUGGUGCUAGUGCCCAGCGACAGCAGGCGUUCCUAUGGUCCAAGGAGCCCGAGACGUACCUCACCCGCAACGGCAAGCUGCAGAUCCCCCGUCUGUUUGACCGCCCCGAGCAGAACGCCCGUCUCAACUCGUCCCGCCGCAGCAUGACCAGCAUAGUGGAGCUGGCUGACGAGAAGAAGAGCAAGGCGGCCUCGCCAAACAUUUCCAUCUCGGUCACCCCGAUCGACGAGGAGACGGGCUCUCCCAACAUCAGCGUUGUCCAGGAUCUGUAUCCUCUCGCUGCGGGCAAGGGUAGCAGCCUGCUUCGUGUCGAGGCUUCGAGUCUGCUGGCUCUGCAGUCCUCCGCGCAUGCUUACUUGUAUCUGGCUGUUGGCACUCAAGCUGGCGAAACCGUGCUCGCCUUGUCCGAGACCAAUUCUCGUGAUGCUGCCCCCAUUGCCAGCGUCCCUGUCGAGAUCUCUGCUCCUGCUGUGAAGGUCCUGGCAGCCGCCCAGAGCGAGCUCGUCGCACAGGCCAUCGCCGCCAGCCUCCCCGUUGGCAGUAGUCUUGUUCUACUUGCUUCCCCUGCGGAGCACAGUCUCCUCACCGCCGCAAUCACGCGUCGGGCUGCGGCCAAGAAGGUUCGCGUUACUGUCGCCACCAAUACGGAGGAGGUGACUUCCCAUGACGCGGUUGCCGAGACGUGGAUCCAGCUCGACCCGCGUGCGCCUCGUCACGUCGUACGUCGCGCCCUGCUGCCAGUCCGCGGCACCCACUUCCUGGAUUUGACUGCCAGCAGCGGCAUCUCGCAGUCCGCCCUGCUGAGCGAGUCGAUCCGUGAGGUCCUCCCCGUGGGCUUCAAGACCCUCAGCGAGACCGACUUUGCCCGCCACGAGGCCACGCUUCCUACGGGUAGUGCCAGGGACAGCGACCUAGGCAAGACGCUUGAGGCCAUUGCCGCCAGUCUUGUCGUUGUUGAUGGUGCUGUGCCGGCCACACCGCUGGGCCAGCUUCAUGCUUCGUCCUCAUCCCUUGUCCGUUCAACCACCACUGUGGAAUGGCCCGCUAAAGGCGAGCUCAAGGUCAAUGUCUUGCCCCUGAACGCGAAGCGCCUCUUUUCUCGCGACAAGACCUACUUCUUGGUUGGCCUCACUGGCCAGAUCGGUCAGUCUCUGACUGAGUGGAUGGUUGCUGAAGGCGCCGGUACAGUCUGCCUUACGUCCCGAAACCCCAAGAUCGAACAGAGCUGGAUCGAUGGGUUCAAGGACCUUGGUGCCACCGUCAAAGUCUUUUCUCUCGACGUGACGGACAAGCGUGCCCUCAAGAAGGUCGUCACCACCAUCAAGGAGACGUGCCCUCCCAUCGCUGGUGUCGCCAACGGUGCCAUGGUUCUCCACGACUGCCUCUUCUCGGGCAUGUCUGUUGACAUUAUGCAGAAGGUCCUUGGCCCUAAGAUCGAUGGCUCCAACAAUCUCGAGCAGGUCUUCCGCGAUGACGUCCUGGACUUCUUUGUCCUCUUUUCGUCCUCUGCCUGCGUCAUUGGCAACUCUGGACAGUCCAACUAUGCCGCUGCUAAUGGCUACCUCAACACUCUGGCUCGCCAGCGUCGCCGUCGCGGUCUCGCCGCCUCUACUUUUGACAUCGGCCGCGUCGCCGGUAUCGGUUAUGUCGAGACCGCCGGUCAGGCCGUCAUGGACCAGCUUACUCGUUUUGGCCUCAUGGCCAUCAACGAGACGGAAUUCCGCCAGAUGUUUGCCGAGACCAUCUACGCCGGCUUCCCAUCGGCCAGCGACAAGACUGGCAUCCCCGAGGCCGUCGUGACGACCGGUAUCCGAACGAUCCGGGAUGAUGAAGACAUCCAAGGUCCCUGGUUCGAGAACCCUCGCUUCUCGCACUGCAUUAUCGAAGCCAAGGGAGCGGAAGAGGACACCAGCGCUCAAGGCAAGAAGAACACGCUCCCGGUCACGGAGCAGCUCGCUCGAGUCACAACUAAGGAGGACGCGCUCGAGGUGCUCAAAGGAAAUGGUUUGGGGUUAGUGACUAACGAGUGCCGUUUUACAGAGUGCUUUUCUUCAAAGCUUCGCAUCAUCCUCCAGCUCAGCGAGGGUGCCCUGGACCCCGAAGCCCCUCUUGUCGAACUUGGCGUCGACUCUUUGGUUGCCGUCGAGGUCCGCUCGUGGUUCCUCAAGGAGCUCAAGGUGGACAUUCCUGUUCUCAAGGUCGUGGGCGGUGCCUCGGUCACUGAGCUCUGCGAGCGUGCUCUUGAGAAGCUGCCCGAGGAUCUUCUGGGUUCUUCGCCUUCAGCUGGGCCGCUUGAGAAGGCUGAACCUGCCAAGCCUGCUGCCAUCAACGUGCCUCCGCCCCAGAACGGCCCGGCCUCCACAGCCUCGGGUACUCCCUCGUCGCCCGUCUCCAGUGCUGGGGACUCUGACAAACGCAUCAGCCCGGCCGACACCCCGGCCACUGCCUUGUCGUCGCGCGGCGCCUCGCCGAGCCGCAAGGACUACUUCUCCAAGAAGGCAUUGACCACCGCCACUGGCAAUCGAGCUGCGUCCCCUGCCCAAUCAGGUCUUUCUGCGACUGCUCCCAAGCCCGCGCCUAAGACCUACGUCAAGAGUGAGCCCAUCUCGUUCGGUCAGUCUCGCUUCUGGUUCCUCCGCCUUCUCCUCGAAGAUGCCACGACCUCCAACGUGGCCUUCUACUACCACGUUGACGGCAAUAUCCGGAUCGGCGACCUCGAGCGCGCGGUCCGGAUGGUCACGGCACGCCAUGAGGCGCUGCGCACCUGCUUCGUUGAGCAUGAGACUAGGGCUGACCAGGCGUAUCAGAAGGUUCUUCAUAACUCGUCCAUCCGCCUGCAACACAAGAAGAUCAGCUCUGUGGAUGAGGUCGCCACAGAGUACGCAAAGAUCCAGCAGCACGCUUUUGACCUCGCCUCGGGCGAGCUCCUCGACCUCGUCUUGCUUUCACUGUCUCCCACCUCGCACUACUUCCUGUUCAACUACCACCACAUCAUCAUGGACGGCGUCAGUUUCCAAGUCUUUCUAGCCGAUCUCGAAAAGGCCUACAAGGGCCAGUCUCUCGGCCCAUCGCCCCGCCAGUACCCUGACUUCGCUCGCACCCAGCGAGAGGCGUUCGAGAACGGGGACAUGAAGGACGAACUCAACUACUGGCGCAGCGUCUUCCCUGCUGAUGACCCUCCUCCCGUUCUGCCCCUUCUCCCCAUGUCUCGCACCACUACCAGGACUACCAUGAAGAGCUUCGGCGUCCAUCAGGUUGUCGGACGCGUUAAUUCUGAGCUCUUGGCUCGCAUCAGGGCCGUCGCCAAAUCUCAGCGCGCUACUCCAUUCCACUUCUACUUGGCUGCGUACAAGGCCAUGUUGUUUUCUUUUGCCGAUACCGACGAUCUCACGAUUGGAAUCGCUGACGCCAACCGUGCCGUGGGCAAUGUCGACAACUCGAUCGGCUUUUUCCUCAACCUGCUCACGCUUCGUUUCCGCCGCAACCCUAAUCAGAAGUUCUCCGCCGCGGUCGCUGAGGCGCGCGAUGUCGCCUACGCGGCUCUCAGUAACUCCCGCUUGCCCUUUGAUGUAUUGCUUAACGAGCUCAAUGUAGCCCGUUCGUCGACCCAUAACCCAUUCUUCCAGGCAUUCUUCGACUACCGCCAGGGUGCCCAGGAAGAACACCCAUUUGGCAAUGUGCACUUCAAGUUCCAGCAGGUUCACCCUGGACGUACCAAUUACGACAUCACCCUCGAUGUGACUGACGGCAAGGAUGAUGCAAUCAUCAUGUUCCGUACCCAGAAGGGCCUCUACGAUGAGGGUGCUGCAAAUCUCGUCAUGGACACUUACUUGCACUUCUUGAAUGUGCUUUCGAGCAAGAGCUACCUAUCUCUGAAGAACACCCCACAGUUUUCAGAGGAUCAGCUCAAGCUUGGGACCACUGUUGGACGCGGGCUUGAUAUCAAAUCUGACUGGCCUGCUACCCUGUCCCUCCGCAUCGACGAGAUCGCUGCCGCCAACUCCGACAAGCUUGCAGUCGUUGACGACCACGGAGUCGAGCUCACUUAUGGACAGAUGAUCAAGCGCAUCGAGUCGAUUGCCGAGGCCCUCAAGUCAUCCAACGUCGGACUGGGCUCUCGUGUGCUCGUCUUCCAGACCGCUGCCGCGGAUUGGGUCUGUUCGAUGCUCGCCAUUAUGCGCAUUGGUGCCAUCUACGUACCACUCGACCUUAGGAACCCCUUGCCCCGUCUUGCCACUGUCGCCGUCGAUGCUGAGCCCGCCGCCAUUCUCGCCGACAAAACCACCAUUGCAGAUGUGUCCCAGCUCAACGUCCCUGACGCCGCCGUCGUCAAUGUUUCCAGUCUGUCGUACGAGCCCCAGGGUCACGUUGAGAACAUCUCCCAAGGUCCACAGCCUGCUGCCAUCCUGUAUACCUCUGGAUCUACCGGUACGCCCAAGGGCAUCGAAGUCACCCACUCUGGUCUGCGCAAUGAGAUUGAGGGAUACACAAAGCAGUGGAAGCUCGGCGCCGAGCGUGUGCUUCAGCAGAGCGCCUUUACUUUCAAUCACUCAUCCGACCAGAUCUACACUGGCCUCUCCAAUGGCGGCACCGUCUACAUUGUGCCGUCUGACAAGCGCGGUGAUCCGAUCGAAAUUACCAAGCUCCUGACUAGGCACAAGAUCACCUACACCAAGGCAACACCUUCCGAGUACCUUCUCUGGAUGCAGUUUGGUGAACUGGGUGGCGCGACUUCCUGGCGUGCGGCCUUUGGCGGAGGCGAGUCCAUGUCUCCGCUCGUCACCGACUCUUUCGCAGCGCUCCAACUGCCCAACUUGCACGUCUACAACUCCUACGGCCCCACGGAGAUCUCAAUCAGCUCGACCAAGAUGGAGCUCGACUACCGAAACCACGAGGCCAUGGACAUUGGUCGCAUCCCCUGUGGCUUUUCCCUGCCAAACUACUUCACUUAUAUUGUUGAUUCCCAACUCCGUCCCCUGCCAGUUGGGAUGCCUGGUGAGAUCUGCAUUGGUGGCGCUGGUGUUUCCAAUGGCUACGUCAAGAACAAAGUAUUGACUGAGAAGCACUUUGUCGCGAACCCAUUCGCUACCAACGAGGACGCCGCCCAAGGAUGGACUCGGAUGUACCGGACUGGUGACAUUGGCCACCUGCAGGCGGACGGCGCCAUGGUCUUCCACCGCCGCAUGGCUGGUGACAACCAGGUCAAGAUCCGUGGCCUGCGGAUCGAGCUCGACGAUAUCGAGAGUAAUAUCCUCUCCUGCGCCGAAGGUGCCCUGGGCAAGGUCGUUGUGUCUCUACGCGAGAGUGACAGUGGCAACCAGUUCCUCGUGGCGCACGCCGUGUUCUCCCCUUCUGCUGAUGUCACGGACAAGCAGGGUUACAUGGCUGAGCUGUUCGCCCGCCUUCCCGUGCCGCAAUACAUGGUCCCUGCUAUGGCUGUCGUGCUUGAAAGCAUGCCACUGACCAAUCACUCCAAGGUCGACCGACGAGCCAUCGCCGCCAUGCCUCUGCCAGACCAGACAUCUUCUUCCGAAUCUGUCGACAACCUUGGCGGUGGCGGUGAUGAGCAGUAUGCCGCUGUGUCGGAGACGAUGGCCAUCUUAGAGGGUGUUUGGCAAGAUGUCCUCAAGAGCAACUCGACCAAGGACUCCAACGCCCCCGUCAUGAGCAUUGGCCCUUCGACAAAUUUCUUCCAGGUCGGCGGCAAUUCUCUGCUGGUCAUUCGUCUUCAAGCCCGCAUCCGCCAAGCCUUCAAUGUGACCAUCCGUCUCGUCGAUCUCCUCAAUGCCAAGUCUCUGGGUCAGAUGGCUCAGCUCAUCCAGGCCAACACCAAGGUUGAAGAGAAGGUCAUCAAUUGGGACAAGGAGACCACUCCUCCCGUCCUGCCCGAGUUCCUCCAGGCUCUCAAGGCCAACGCCAGCCCUGUCACUGGCAAGAAAAACAUACUGAUCACUGGCGCGUCUGGCUUCCUAGGAUGCAAGCACAUCCUACCUCGCCUCCUGGCCGACCCGAACGUCCACCAUGUCCACUGCGUCGCGGUUCGUGACGCAAGCAAGCUCUCCCACCUCCUCAUUGCCAACUCGGACAAGCUCACCAUCUAUCCUGGCGACCUGACUCAGCCUCUCCUCGGCCUGACGGAAGCCCAGUUCUCCACGCUGGCCACCACCAUCGACGUCAUCUUGCACAUGGGCGCGGCUCGCUCUUUCUGGGACCCGUACCACCUGCUCCGCGCCGCCAACGUCGAUCCUACUCGCGAGCUCAUCAAACUCGCCGCAGUCCGCAACGGUGUUGAGUUGCACUACAUCUCCUCCGUCGCCGUGCUGCCCAAGGUGCUUCCCCCGCCCGCCAAACAAUCUCGCUUCGCGCCACAAACAGGCAGCGGGACUUCCAACGGCUACGUCGCGACCCGCUGGGCAAGCGAGGUCCUCCUCGAGCGCAGCGCCAAGCACUUUGGCAGCAACUCCUUGCGUGUGCACAUCCAUCGCUUUGCGCCCGCCGCUCGGCCCAGCCUGCUCACCGAGCAGGCCAUCCUGGACCAGUUCGUGCAGAUGGUUGACAAGUCCGGGUUCAUGCCAGACAUGAGGGGCUGGGAGGGCCGGCUGGAUAUGACGCCCACCGACGUCGCGGGGAACGAUGUGCUUGGAUGCUUGCUUUCUUCUCCUGCUGGUGGUGAAAGCAACAGCAAUGUGGCAGUGCAAGUGAGCACGUGGCAGAGCAGAGUCGUUGUGCAGGUCAAGGAUCUGCGGGAUCACCUCGAGCAGCACCGUGGGGGGCGGGCACUCGAGAGAAUGCCCGGGUUGAAGUGGAUUGGCGUCAUCAAGAGGCUCGGUUUCGACCACUUCCUGACUGGGCAGGAGGUCACUGUGGAGAAUGAGGAGGGCGAGAGGUUCAUGUCUUGGCGGUGAUUGCAUUGAGAAAAAAUGCUCGGGAAGAUGAUUAAAUUAUGUUUUGGAUCAGCGUGCAAUAUUUUGCUCACGUUCACUGAGGAUGCUUGAUGUAACAUAGGAGAGGUUUCCAGGUGGUUUGUCAUUUUGCGAGGCGUUCGCGGGG